AUGAGAGGCAUUACCUAUUUCAGGAUCUUUAAAAAUACAAGAUACAUGGUAAACCUGAUUACUCAAGUAAUAAAAGACAUCACUUCAUUCUUUAUCCUCCUUUUCUAUUCCACCCUUGCUUUUGCAUUUAUUUUCUUAGUCAUGGAUAAAGACGAUCCUAAAUUGAUUGACUAUAUCAAAAUAUCAUAUAGGCUAGACCUUGGCGAUUUUGACCCUACUGGCUUUACCUCAAUGCAAUGGGUCUGCUUGUUCUUACUCCUCCCCAUCUGUGAGCGAACAAAGCUAUUAGAAAAUAUGGGUGAGGCUGAAAAAAAUACACUGAAUUUUUUUCAACACGUUUUUUUUUAUGUGAAAAUGACUCUAAAAACCAUUAAAAAAACAAUGGUAAAAAAAGAAGGUGGAAAAAAAUAUUAAAAUUUUCAAACUAGGGUGUAAAAAAAUAUGUACCCCAAAAAUGGGUCAAACAAGAGGAAAAAAAUUCACAUACAAUUAUAUAUUUAUCUAAUAUGAUUAAUUUUAUACAUAGAAAAUAGCUUAUUUAUAUUAAGAAUAAAUAGAAUUUGCAUGUUUAAUUUCCAUUUUAAAUAAGAUAUUAUCAAAUAAAUGUAAGAAAUGCACAACAUAUGUUAAUAAAUUAUUUUUAGCAAAAAUAGUAUGAAAAAAAUACGCUAAAAAAUUGUAAAUGUAUUAUGUUCAUAAUGAUGGAAUAAAUAAAAACAGAUAAUAAUAAGGAGUUAAGCUAGCCUCAUAAGCAGCUAUAGAUCAACAAAGUAAAAGACUCAAAAUUGAAUAUAGUUCAUGCACCGAUAUAGAUUUAUUUAUUGACGUUUUAAACAUAAAUUUUACAAAGUAAAUUAGCAUUUGCUUUCCAAUUUUUUGUAAAAUGGAUUUUUUUAAAUUUACAACAACAAAAAAAUUUAUAUAUAAUUUUUAAAAAAAAAAUUAACCUUUAGCGAACAAGAUUUUUUUGCCCGUCCAUAUACGGGGAGUUAGCUACUAUGAUAAAUAUGAUUAUCAUGCUAAACCUCUUGAUCUCAAUCAUGGGCGACACUUUUGGAAAAGUCCAAGAAAACGCCGAAAUUGCAGACAGAAAAGAAUUACUAGGGAUGAUCAGUGAAAUAGAAACAUUGAUGUUUUGGAAGAAAAGCUGCACUGAAAAAUCUUAUUUCCAAGUACUUACGGGUGAAGAAUCUGAAGAAACAGAAAAAAAUAUUAAAAAAUUUAUCAAGAAAAACAUAAAAAGAUACCACUUGCAGACUCUAAAAAUGAUGGAAAGUCAUGGAGAAAUGUUGGAGAGCCAUGGAGAAAUGUUGAAGAAGAUAUGGACUAAGUUAGAAGGAGACAAGAAAGAAGGAGACAAGAAAGAAGGAGACAAGAAAGAAGAAGAUAAGAAAGAAGAGAAAGUUGAAGAGUCAUCUAAUGAAAAAAGCGGUGAAGAAAGCGGAGAAAAAAGUGGAGAAGAAGAAGAUUAA